CUUCCUCUUUUCUGCAUCGUUUAAGGAUGUGUGCAAUCACGAGCUAAACUGAAAACGAAGACGUGCCAACCUCACGAACCUAAACUAUACUUCACGCAGGUGAUCUCCGCUGAUGUUCUGGGGUGAUGGGCUGUUUGAGCUGCAUCUACUGGGACCCUAAGCCGGGGGACAUGGUUGAAAUCGAAAAAGUGCUGUACAGCCACUGGGCCGUGUACGUGGGAGAUGGAGAGGUGGUCAACCUCACAGUCUCAGCAUCUGCCAGGUACUUACCCAUCUCUAAAGGCCACAUAAGGCGCAGUAAGUUGUUGGACAUGUCGGACGGGUAUCCCUACCGCGUGAACAACUACCUGGACGACAAGUACAAGCCCCGGCCCACGGCCACCAUCGUGGAGGAGGCCAACGCCUGGGUGGGCAAGGAGCUGGACUACAACCUGCUGCUGGAGAACUGUGAAAACUUUGCCACUCUACUGCGCUACGGCCACGGAGAGUCCAGACAGGUGAAAAGAGACUUGUGUGUGUGUGGCUGCUGUACGGUUUGGGCAGCGAUCAUCAAGUGGUUCUGCAGAAGGCGUCCUAAAGACCAGUCAGCACAGGAACAAGGGAUGGUGUGAGAAAAGGAGCCCCCCCCCCCCUCUACACACACACACACACACACACACACACACACACACAGCUUCCUCAGUCAUGAGGGCAGGAACAUCAUUUAUUCACUUCCUCUUACUGCACACACACAUUUAAACAAGUGAGAUUUUUCUAUUGUGUGUUUUGUGUGAUCAUACUAACAAAGCAUCCGUCUUGUUAUUGUUAUCUCUAACCGAUAGAACUGAAGAAUCUGUGUCAUUAAUGCUGAUGAUUUCUAACCGAUAGAACUGAAGAAUCUGUGUCAUUAAUGCUGAUUAUUUCUAACCGAUAGAACUGAAGAAUCUGUGUCAUUAAUGCUGAUUAUUUCUAACCGAUAGAACUGAAGAAUCUGUGUCAUUAAUACUGAUUAUUUCUAACCGAUAGAACUGAAGAAUCUGUGUCAUUAAUGCUAACAGCACGUCCCAUAGAGAGCUACAGCAAUUUGUUCAUAACAUGAGGCUCUCUUGGACAAGGCAAUGACUGUUUUCCAUGAGCUGUGCAUUCAGGAGGGGUGUGGGGUUCUAGAAGAGGAGGGACUGCUGAGGUUCUAGAACAAAAGGAACUGAUGUGACGAGAUGAUGUAAACUCCUGCUGGACUGGAACACAAGGUCACGGCCCCAGGAGUGAUGGAACACGAUAGAGGUUCUGGAACACAAGGUCACGGCCCCAGGAGUGAUGGAACACGAUAGAGGUUCUGGAACACAAGGUCACGGCCCCCAGGAGUGAUGGAACACGAGGAAGGUUCUGGAACACAAGGUCACGGCCCCAGGAGUGAUGGAACACGAUGGAGGUUCUGGAACACAAGGUCACGGCCCCAGGAGUGAUGGAACAUGAGGGAGGUUCACCGCAGCACUGCCUGAGGGCCAACGCUAGAUUCCCCCUGGAUCACACGUCUGCUGUGAUGUGAUGUCUGUGUGCAGGUGCUGGACAGUUGCUGCCUUGGCAGUGAGUUCUUCUGUGUCUAGAGGACUGUGGAAAACCACAUUUUGCCCUUGAACUUGUUUUCACAUCUUUUACAUCCCAGAUUUAAUAAACACACCCCAGCACAUC